AUGGCUGAUCUCAAGGCGUUGCCUAAAGGGAAGUGGUUCUGUUGCAACGAUUGCAAGAGAAUUAAUUUGGUUUUGAAAAAUUUGCUUGCCCAUGAACCCGAAACGCUCCGUGAUGAUAUGUUGACUAUUGUUAAGGAGAGACAAAAGAACGACAGUAACAAUUCAGAAUCAGAAACCACUUCGAAUCCGGAAAUGAAGUUUGUCGUUCUUAAAGGCAAAAACGCCCCCAGUGAAGCUAGGAAACUGUUGGCACAAGCCGUCAACAUUUUUCAUGAAGGGUUUCACCCCAUUGUUGAUGCAACUAGUGGACGCGAGUUUAUUCCUUCAAUGGUGUAUGGAUACCACUAG